AUGGACACGACAAGUCCCGUCGAUUUCAAUAUGCACCGAACUGAAGAAGAUCUGGCCAACGGUCGUGCUCAUGUACACAACAAGCGAUACGGCGACCAUACCCCUCCGACGGGGGUUGAUUACGUAGCAAGCAAGAGGCAGAGACGCGACCCGCCACUCCAAGUCCGACGCCGCCGACGCUCUAAAUUGCCUCCUUACUAUAAACUGUGUUUCAACGAAGAUUUACUGGGCAGGGUUUCUGAGAGGAAUUACCCGCCUGUGUUACCAGGCGACUUCGUCAUUUGGAAACAACAAAUAAACUCACACUCGAGAUAUUUCGACGAUGAUGAUGUCCAAAUGGAAGAUAUGGGUGAUCCGCGAUAUGAACAUAGCAUCCCGCCUGGAGGGGGUGCACCAGCGAACAAGCAAGGUACCGAAGAUGCAUCGGGUUGGGGCGGGAUCAACAGGGGAAACCAAGGACAGCAAGGGAACAGUCUCGAGAAUGCGUCAGCGUGGGAUGGGAUCAACGGGCAGCAAUGUGCCGAGGAUGCGUCGAAGUGGAGCGGAAUCAACAGGCAGCAAUGUGCCGAGGAUGCGUCGAAGUGGGGCGGAAUCAACAGAGCUACUCGAUCUCAAGAGCAACAAAGUAGAUCCGCGGCGCGCAAUGGGGAAAGGUCUCAUCAAGAAGAUGAGUCUAUGUUAGCAGACGACGAAGAGGAGUUUUGCGAAGGUAGUUGCAUAUGGGAGUACAAAGAUUCAGCUCAUCGUAGGAAAGUACGCGAUCAGCGCAGCGAUUUCGUAAGAGCCUCACCCAACCUUCCUUCCUCAGCCAAGGCUCAUCCCCCUUUCAUUUUCAAAUUUCAGGAAUUUGUCUGCAAGCGACUGAAGCAAACACCAAAUACAGCAGCGACGUUUCAAGACUUGUUGGGAGUUAUGCAGGUUACGAGGCCUCUUCGCAGCCCUGAACCCUCUUUGCCCACACCGGAUGCAAGUCCUCGGCGACCCAAAACGACAAGGAGAACAAAGAGACCACAGCAAGCUAGUGACGAUGAAGAUCGUUGCUUUGAUCCUGUCAAACGCGAUUCGUUUCAAGUCCGGCUACAUGUAAGCAGGUCGCUCUUCUUCCUCGAGAGUUUUCUGACUUCCUGGAAGGCCGAACUGAGAGAUUAUUGCGAUAUGACACUGCUGCAAUUAACGAAAGUUGAUCCAAGGCCCCUUACUACUCCGACAGCAGACGAGAUCGAAAAGUUCCGUCGCGAUCCUCGUCUCGCCCCCGGCCCAGAUCUUGCGUCACUUCGACUCGACUUGAAAUCCACAAACUGGGAGUCAUCCGUCUGGAACCUUGCAGCUGCUGACAUGAUCGCGGAUGAAUUUGUCCAGGAUGAGGAGUACCAAUGCAAAAACAAAAGAAUGGUCCGCGAAGCUUUCAGGAAGCAUUUAAGACAACUAAGAGAUCGCUAUCGCAGACAAGAGUGGCAAAGGACCAAUGAUAAGGAGGCAGAGGUGAAUGAAGCCCGGUCGUUACGCAAUCUUCGCAGAUCUAAUCGACGACGGUCGCUACGAGAGCGCCGCAUCAAAGGGAUUAGGGCCUACCAACGUAUCGCCGCGAAGACUGACCAAUACGAGAAGCUAAGUCAGUUUGAGAAAUUGUUAAGCGAAAUGCCACUAGAUGCUAUGAGUGGGGAUGAAUCGGACCAUGGGGUGUUUGUGAGGAAGAAAUUACCUUGGCGUUCCCCCGAUACCAAGGUCCUCGAGUGGUUUCGUGUCCUUGAUGGGUUAUACCUGUCCACUCGUUUCGCCGACAACGAUAAACCAAUCCCCGGGGCAUUUCCAGCUCAACGACUCCUCCCGAACGGUAUCCUUUACGAUGCCAACCCCGUGCCGCGGCUCCCGAUAAAUUUAUAUGAUCCUGCUUAUCUAAACGGGCUUGACGAAUACGGGAUGGCUCGUCUUGCUCCUCAGAAGGCAAUAGAUCUCAGCUUUCCUCCCCAACUGCAACUAUAUGCUUGGAUAGCAAUUGCAGUUCGGCGUGAUGGACACAAGGGCUGA